GCGAUUCGGCGAGUUGGGCGCCGGGGCCGGGGCCGAGGCUGGCGCGGCGGCCGCGCGCCUGUGCUGCCCUGUCCCGCGCCCGGGGCCGGUCUGGCCGCCUGGCGCCGCCGUGCAGUGCGCCGGGUCCCCGGGAGAUGGCCUCUCUGCCCGCGCUCGCGGCCCCCGCUAUUGUCUCCCGCGGGGUGGCCUGACUGCGGGCUGCGCACGCUCGGGGCCGAGGACUUUCUCUCCCCGGAGCAGGUCCCGGCGCCCCUUCCUGCGUCCCGACCGCUGGAGCGCGCGGAGGACUGUGCGGCCGGAGCGGGGCCGGGAGCUGCGGGGCGAGCCGCCGCCGCGGCCGGGUCUGGAGGGGAGCCCGCGGGGAGCACAGCAGCAGCAUCUGAGAGCUGUCCCCUCUGAACUGAUUGAAGAGCCCUUAUUUCUGUCUCCUCCAGCUGGUUGAUGCCUCCUUCUAUCCUCUGGGUGCCCAGACACCAUGCUGCAACCCUGCAGGCCUGACCUUGGCAGGAAGUAGAAGCCUUCCUUGUCUCCUCCGUCCCCAUCCUCACCAUGUCGUCGACUCCGGGCAAUGGGGAACACUGGGAGUCCCUCGAGUCCGUGGGCAUCAGCCGCAAAGAGCUGGCCAUGGCCGAAGCCCUGCAGAUGGAGUAUGAUGCUCUGUCCCGGCUCCGGCAUGACAAGGAGGAAAACAGAACCAAGCAGAACACAGACCCCUCUCUCAUCGACUGGGAGGAGCCAGCGCUGGACUUCUACAACAAGCCAGCAGGCAGGCAGAAGGACCUCAAGCUCUUACGCGGUCUCUCUGGCUCGGAUCCUACCCUCAAUUACAACUCACUCUCCCCACAGGAAGGGCUGCCCAACCACUCUACCUCCCAGGGCCCCCAGCCUGGCCCAGAUCCCUGGCCCAAAGGCUCCCUGGCUGGAGACUAUCUUUACAUAUUUGAUGGUUCAGAUGGGGGACUCUCUUUGUCCCCAAGACCGGGGGACACAGAUGGCUCUUCUAAGAAACUGUCCCCGCCUCCUCUGCCUCCUCGAGUCUCUAUCUGGGACACCCCUCCCCUACCUCCCAGGAAGAGGGCCCCGUCUUCCUCCAAGAUCUCCCAGCCCAAUGACAUCAACACUUUUUCUUUGGUUGAACAGCCUUCAGGCAAGUUGCUAGGGCAUCAGAUCUUAGAAGACGCAGAGCCAAGAAGUGGGGGGACAGGGCGCCGACUGGGGCCUGUGGACUACGAUGGUAUCAAUGAUGCGAUCACACGGCUCAACUUGAAGUCAACCUAUGAUGCAGAGAUGGUGCGGGAUGCCACCAGGGGCUGGAAGGAGGGCCGGGGGCCCUUGGACUUCGGCAAGGACACCCCUGGAAAACCCGUGGCCCGGAGUAAGACCAUGCCCCCCCAGGUGCCCCCCCGCACCUAUGUCUCUCGCUGUGCCAACCGGAAAAAUGCGACGCCUGGCAAGAACCACCGGAUUUCUGCUGCCUCGGUGGUCUCCCGGCCCCACGCCAUCGCCAAUGGCCAUGAGUUGUUUGAGGUGUCAGAGGAGAGAGAUGAGGAAGUUGCUGCGUUUUGCCACAUGCUGGAUGUCCUCCGAUCGGGCUCCGACGUCCAGGACUACUUCCUCACCGGUUACGUCUGGAGCGCUGUCACCCCGAGCCCUGAGCACCUUGGGGAUGAGGUCAACCUGAAGGUGACGGUGUUGUGUGACAGCCUGCGGGAGCCACUCACCUUUACCUGCAACUGUUCCUCCACUGUGGACUUGCUCAUCUACCAGACCCUGUGCUACACCCGUGACGAACUGCGGGGCGUGAAUGUGGGCGACUUUGUGCUGAAGCCCUGUGGGCUGGAGGAGUUCCUGCAGAACAAGCAGGCCCUGGGCAGCCAUGAGUACAUUCAGUACUGCCGCAAGUUUGACAUUGACAUUCGGCUACAGUUGAUGGAACAGAAAUCCAUACGCAGCGACCUGGCCCGGACGGUGAAUGAUGACCAGAGCCCCUCCACUUUGAACUACCUCAUCCAUCUGCAAGAGAGGCCCGUCAAACAGACCAUCAGCAGGCAGGCCCUGAGUCUCCUGUUUGACACUUACCACAACGAGGCGGAUGCCUUCCUGCUGGCUGACGGGGACUUCCCGCUGAAGGCUGACCGGGUGGUCCAGUCCGUCAAGGCCAUCUGCAAUGCCCUGGCUGCCGUGGAGACCCCCGAGAUCACCAGUGCCCUCAACCAGCUGCCCCCCUGCCCCUCCCGCCUGCAGCCUAAAAUUCAGAAGGACCCCACUGUCUUGGCUGCCAGGGAAAACCGAGAGAAGGUCAUGGAGGCCCUGACCGCGGCCAUCCUGGACCUGGUGGAGCUGUACUGCAACACGUUCAACGCAGACUUCCAGACGGCAGUGCACGGCAGCCACCGGCACGACCUGGUCCAGGAGGCCUGCCACUUCUCCGGGCCGCUGGCCUUCACGGUCUAUGCCACCCACCGCAUCCCCAUCACCUGGGCCGCCAGCUAUGAAGACUUCUACCUCUCCUGCUCCCUCAGCCAUGGUGGCAAGGAGCUGUGCAGCCCCCUGCAGACCCGGAAGGCUCACUUCUCCAAGUACCUCUUUCACCUCAUCAUCUGGGACCAGCGGAUCUGCUUCCCAGUGCAGGUGAACCGGCUGCCCCGGGAGACGCUGCUGUGCGCCACUCUCUAUGCUCUGCCCACCCCCCCACCGGGGAGCUCCUCCGAGGCCGGGAAGCAGCGGCGGGUGCCUGAGGCGCUGGGCUGGGUCACUACCCCUCUCUUCAACUUCAGGCAUGUCCUGACCUGUGGCCGGAAGCUCCUGGGCUUAUGGCCAGCAACGCAGGAAAACUCCAGUGCCCGUUGGAGCACUCCGAACUUCCACCAGCCCGACAGCGUCAUCCUGCAGAUCGACUUCCCCACCUCAGCCUUCGACAUCAAGUUCACCAGCCCCUCUGGAGACAAGUUCAGCCCCUGCUAUGAGUUUGGCAGCCUCCGGGAGGAAGACCAACGCGCGCUUAAAAACAUCAUGCAGAAGGAGUGCCUGUACUGGCUCGCUGAUGCUGACAAGAAGCGCCUGUGGGAGAAGCGAUAUUAUUGCCACUCGGAGGUGAGCUCACUUCCCCUGGUGCUGGCCAGCGCCCCCAGCUGGGAGUGGGCUUGCCUGCCCGACAUCUAUGCCCUCCUGAAGCAGUGGACCCACAUGAACCACCAGGAUGCCCUGGGGCUCCUCCAUGCCACCUUCCCGGACCAGGAGGUGCGGCGCAUGGCGGUGCAGUGGAUCGGCUCGCUGUCGGAUGCCGAGCUGCUCGACUACCUGCCCCAGCUUGUGCAGGCCCUGAAGUACGAGUGCUACCUGGACAGCCCCUUGGUGCGCUUCCUCCUGAAACGGGCCGUCUCUGACCUGAGGGUGACUCACUACUUCUUCUGGUUGCUGAAGGACGGCCUCAAGGACUCCCAGUUCAGCAUCCGUUACCAGUACCUGCUGGCGGCCUUGUUGUGCUGCUGCGGCAAGGGGCUGAGGGAGGAGUUUAACCGCCAGUGCUGGCUCGUCAACACCCUGGCCAAGCUGGCCCAGCAGGUCCGGGAGGCCACGCCAUCUGCACGGCAGGGGAUCCUCCGCACGGGCCUGGAAGAGGUAAAACAGUUCUUUGCCCUCAAUGGCUCCUGCCGCCUGCCCCUCAGCCCCAGUCUGCUGGUUAAGGGCAUCGUGCCCAGGGACUGUUCCUACUUCAACUCCAAUGCAGUCCCCCUCAAGCUCUCCUUCCAGAAUGUGGAUCCACUGGGGGAGAACAUCAGAGUCAUCUUCAAGUGUGGGGACGACCUUCGUCAGGACAUGCUCACCCUGCAGAUGAUCCGCAUCAUGAACAAGAUCUGGGUCCAGGAGGGGCUGGACAUGCGCAUGGUGAUUUUCCGCUGCUUCUCCACCGGAAGGGGCAAAGGGAUGGUGGAGAUGAUCCCUAAUGCCGAGACCCUGCGCAAGAUCCAGGUGGAGCACGGCGUGACCGGCUCCUUCAAGGACCGGCCUCUGGCCGACUGGCUGCAGAAGCACAACCCUGGGGAGGUCGAGUACGAGAAGGCCGUGGAGAACUUCAUCUAUUCCUGUGCUGGCUGCUGCGUGGCCACGUACGUCUUGGGCAUCUGUGACCGACACAAUGACAACAUCAUGCUGAAGACGACUGGCCACAUGUUCCACAUAGAUUUUGGCCGCUUCCUGGGCCACGCCCAGAUGUUUGGCAACAUCAAGAGGGACCGGGCCCCCUUUGUCUUCACCUCGGAUAUGGCGUAUGUCAUCAACGGGGGCGACAAGCCUUCCAGCCGCUUCCAUGACUUUGUUGACCUUUGCUGCCAAGCCUACAACUUCAUUCGAAAGCACACCCACCUCUUCCUCAACCUUCUGGGCCUGAUGUUGUCCUGUGGGAUCCCUGAGCUCUCAGACCUGGAGGACCUCAAGUAUGUGUAUGAUGCCCUGAGGCCUCAGGACACAGAGGCCAAUGCCACUACCUACUUUACUAGGUUGAUUGAAUCCAGCUUGGGCAGCGUAGCCACAAAGCUCAAUUUUUUCAUCCAUAACCUGGCUCAGAUGAAGUUCACGGGCUCAGACGACCAGCUGACCCUUUCCUUUGCCCCCCGCACGCACACGCUUCAGCGCUCUGGCCGCCUCAGUGAUGUCUUUCUCUGCCGCCAGGAGAAGGUCUUCCACCCCAACAAGACCUACAUUUAUGUGGUAAAGGUGAUGCGAGAGAAUUCUCAUGAGGCCACUUACAUCCAGCGGACGUUUGAGGAGUUCCAGGAGCUACACAAUAAGCUGCGGCUGCUCUUCCCUUCUUCUCUCUUGCCCAGCUUCCCAAGUCGCUUCCUGAUUGGCCGCCCGAGGGGAGAGGCGGGGGCCGAGCGGCGGAGGGAGGAGCUGAACGGCUACAUCUGGCAUUUGAUCCGCGCCACCCCGGAGGUGGCCGAGUGUGAUUUGGUAUAUACCUUCUUCCACCCUCUGCCCCGGGACGAGAAAGCUGCGGGCACCAGCCUGGCCCCCAAGUCCUCAGAGGGCUCUUGGGCCCAGCCGGUCGAGAAGGUGGGUGGGGAGGUGAAGCUGUCCAUUUCCUACAAAAACAAUAAACUCUUCAUCAUGGUGAUGCAUAUUCGAGGCUUGCAAGUGCUCCCGGACGGGAAUGACCCUGACCCCUAUGUGAAGAUUUACCUCCUUCCGGACCCUCAGAAAACCACUAAGAAGAAAACCAAAGUGGCCCGGAAAACGUGCAACCCCACCUACAAUGAAAUGCUGGUGUAUGACGGGAUCCCCAAGGGAGACCUGCAGCAGCGGGAGCUCCAGCUGAGUGUGCUGAGCGAGCAAGGAUUCUGGGAGAACGUCCUCCUCGGCGAGGUGCACAUCCGCCUGCGGGAGCUGGACCUGGCCCAGGAGAAGACCGGCUGGUUCGCUCUGGGAUCUCGGAGUCACGAGGCCUCCUGAGCCCAGCAGGGCCCCGGGCUGGUGGUGGAGCCGCGGGAGAGGACUCCUCCGGUGUGACCGGUCCUUUCCUUGUGCAGAGGCAGGGCCCUUGGCGGGCCUCGCUGCCGUCCAGGGGAAGGGGCUCUGUGGCCGGAGGGGGGCACGGCUGUCCCCUCCUCUGCAGAAUGAGCUUGAGUUGGUUGUGAUGAGCAGUCCCGUGGAGGCUGUGAGGUUGCAGCAAAGUUUUAAGUUUACCUUGUGUCAAGGGAGCAAAGCCUGGUUUGGGGUGAGGGGUGCGGGGUGCGGGGUGGGGGGGCUGUAGGAUGAAGUAGCGUUUUAGGGAGGCUGGGGGGAUAUCUUUAUUUUUAUUUUUAAAAAAUGAAAUAGUAACGUCGUCCUAACUGGACAGGAAGCCUUGAGAAGGGACUUGCGUAUGCCUCCCAAGUCAGAGAGAGGAAGCCCACUGGGACCUUCUGUAUGACUAAGGUUCUGAUUGGACUUCCCCCUAACUUGGUGUUUGUUUGUUUUUUGUUUCUCUCUCUAUAGGAAUCGUUUGGGGUGGGGCCCAGUGUGUCCUCGGUUAGAGCCCCGGUCCCUAAGGGCAGCCAGGGAGGGGCAGAGAGGGCUGCGGGUGCCCCGCCGAGGCCUGCGCUGCCCGGCCUUUCAGGUUUUGCCUCCAGAGGAGAGCGAUGUUAUUGAAACCUGUGUGUGCACGGAAGGCCUUUCUAUGGGGUUCCGCAAAGGACCUGCGUUCAGGGACCCGUGCUCUUCUGGGGGAGUGUUUCCUCUGGUCUUCCCCUACUCAGCCAGGUCUGGCCCUGACUGUGUAUGUCUUCUACCCCUCCACUCUCGGCCCUUGUGGGAGCCAUCAGGCCCCUGUGGUUUUGUCUCACCCGAGGGCAUCUGCGCCCUGGGAAGGGGCCUCUGGGCUGCAGACCCCAGUGUGGCUGCCUGGAGGCCUUGUCCAUAAGGCACCACUUCUUCAUGCUGCUUCUCUCUCAAACUCCGUUUCUGUCACAGUUUUUAUAAGAAUUUCCCUCAUUCUGUGGGGCCAUAAACCUAUUUAGUCUGGAGCCAAAGGGAUGCCCUAUCUGAAGGAAAGGGGUGUGGGGGCCCCAUGAAAACUUUGUUUUUUCCAGUGGUUUUCUUGGCUCUCAGAGGCUGCCCUGGACGGCGAUUGCUCCCCUGGAGCUGGGAGGCAGAGGCUGGCUCUCCUCUCUCCAUGCUCCUCACUUCCUGCCGCUUGGAUUUGAAAUUCACUCUUGCGCUUUACUCUAAAGGCUUAUCUUCCUUGAAAAAAAAAAAUGAGGGAGAGACUUUGAGGUUAAUAUGAAUGUUUUAAACUGGAAUUGGCUGGGCGGAAUUCAUGGGGGACACUUGGUGAACUGUCUGUCCCUCCUCAGCUCCCUCCCCAGCUCCAAGGAUCAGAAAUUCCCCCUUUUGGUGACUCAUUCCGUAACUGGAGAAAGAAGCUCCAUCCAUUGAAGCCAUAGGGCAGCAGGAAGUUUAAACUUUUACAUUAAAAAAUGCCAAGGAUCAAGCUGGCUGCUGUGGGGAGGGGCUAGGGAAGUGGGGAACAGGAGUGGACUUCUCCAGAUGAAUGGACCAUAGAUGCGUUACUGGCUUUUGGCCGGUAGCUCAUUUUAUUUUGACCUUCUAUUCCCCGAUUUACAGAGGUCUGUGUAUUGUACCCACUUUCCAGAUGUCCUUGUAUCUCCUACUUUCUCUGGAUUUGUAUUUUCUAAUAAAUGACACUUGAGGAAAGCAAAA